GUGCGUCUGAUCUGAUACACCCCCCACGAGCAUUUUGCCUCCUGCUCAACUCGCCAUUUUUCAGUUCAAUUCACAACUUUCGAGUCGCCACACUCCUCCGCCGUGCUGUGGCGCAGCUUCGAUCGGCGAUGCAAUCGAUAGCUUCACCUUCCUCGACCCUGUCAACCUUGUAACCCCAGGACUUGCAUGCACAGGAGUUGAAAAGGCAGAGCGCACAAGGGAAAAAUGGGAGGGAAUGUGUUGGGAUCGGCGUUCGAUCUGAGAUCAGGACAGAUGAUGAUGGCGGCCCUGUUGUUGAUGGUCGGGUCGUUCUACGCGGGCACCCUCUUCGGCAACAAGGCCCCCAUCUACGUAUCUCAGCCGCUCUCCGACUCCAAUUCCACUUCUUCCUCCUCCUCCCCUGUUCAUUCUUCUGGGCUGUCUGCAUUUCCAAACAAAGUUGAACUCACUUACAGAAAAGCACCUCUUGUGAUCCCCGAAAGUGGGAUGGAUGUGUGCCCAUUGACAUUUAAUGAAUAUAUCCCUUGCCAUGAUGUAAAAUUUGUGAAAGAAUUGCUGCCUACGUUAGAUCUAUCACGAAGGGAAGAGCUUGAGAGGCAUUGCCCUCCACCUGAAAAGCGUCUGUUUUGCUUGGUUCCUCCACCAGAAGGUUAUAAGAUACCAAUAAGAUGGCCACUCAGUAGGGAUUACAUCUGGCGGACAAAUGUGAAUCAUACACGUCUUGCGGAAGUGAAAGGAGGACAAAAUUGGGUCCAUGAGUUUAAUCAGUUGUGGUGGUUCCCUGGUGGUGGAACUCACUUCAAGCACGGGGCUGCUGAGUACAUUCAAAGGUUGGGAAAAAUGACCACUAAUGAGGCAGGUGACUUACGUUCAGCAGGCGUGGUUCAAGUUCUAGACGUUGGUUGUGGAGUGGCCAGCUUCUCAGCAUAUCUUCUUCCUUUGGACAUACAAACAAUGUCUUUUGCUCCAAAAGAUGGACAUGAAAAUCAGAUUCAGUUUGCUUUAGAGCGUGGGAUUGGUGCAAUGAUUGCAGCGAUAGCCACGAAACAACUGCCAUAUCCUUCCAGUUCAUUUGAGAUGGUUCAUUGUUCAAGGUGCCGUGUUGAUUGGCAUGAGAAUGAUGGUAUUCUACUCAAAGAAGUAAACCGCCUUCUGCGUCCUAAUGGAUAUUUCGUCUACUCCGCUCCUCCGGCCUAUAAAACGAAUAAAGAGUUCCCAAUGAUAUGGGAUAAGUUGGUCAAUUUGACUGGAGCAAUGUGCUGGAAACUCAUUGCAAAGAAAGUUCAAACUGCAAUUUGGAUCAAACAAAAUGACCAGUCUUGUCUUCAGCAUAAUGUGGGGGAGAAGCUCCUGAAUCUAUGUGAGACAACUGAUGAAUCGAAACCAUCAUGGAAUGUUCCGCUGCGGAACUGCAUAUCAUUAAGUAGUUCAGGAGCGGACUCUGAAAAGCUCCCUCCCAGACCAGAACGCCUUUCAGUGUAUUCCAAAAGCCUCAGCAAGCUAGGUUUCAGUCAAGAAGAAUUUGCUUCUGACACCGUCUUUUGGCAAGAACAAGUUCGACGCUACUGGGAAUUAAUGAAGGUCAAUGAGGCUGAAAUUAGAAAUGUGAUGGACAUGAAUGCAGUCUUGGGUGGAUUUGCUGUGGCUUUGAACACAUUUCCUAUUUGGGUGAUGAAUAUAGUCCCCAUAAGCACAAAUAAUACAUUAUCUGCAAUUUAUGAUCGCGGUUUGGUCGGCACUUAUCAUGAUUGGUGUGAACCAUUUUCCACAUACCCUCGGACGUAUGAUCUCUUGCAUGCGAACAAUCUUCUUGCUUACUACAAGAACAGUGGAGAAGGUUGCCUAUUGGAGGAUAUAAUUCUGGAGAUGGAUCGCAUUUUGCGUCCAGAGGGGUUUAUCAUCAUCAGAGAUGAGGAAUCGACUAUACAAAGAAUCCGAGAUAUCGCUUCUAAAUUCCUGUGGGAAGUCGAGUCGCAUAUGCUCAAGAACAAAGAGAAAAAACUGGAGAAUGUGUUGGUCUGUCGGAAAAAGUUCUGGGCAAUUGCCUGAAGGUAGUUUGUUGCUAACCAUAGUAGAGUUCGUUUAUUCUUUUUAACCCCCUCCCCUUUUGGCAAUGACACAAGUGUUCUUGUAAUUGUUAAUCCAUUGGCCAUGUCUUCUCA